AUGGCACCUCGAGGUCGUCAGAAUACCACUGGGCGCGAGGCGCGGAAUACCACUCGCGCAUCGCGAGGCGGAAUCUCAAAGCGCAAGGCUGGUCGCGUUGAUGGCGAUGGCGAUAUGGAUAUGGACAGUGCUGGUCGGCGUGCCAAGAGAACUCCCACCACCACCAACCCCAAAUCCAGUGCCACUCGCUCUAGUGCCCGCACCUCAACACGUGGAGGUCCUUCAAAGAAGGCCCAGAAUGUUAUUGAGGCACUGAACAAUGGUACUGCUGGAUCCCUCGCCUCUCGUGUUUCAAACGUUGGUUCUGGCAGGACUCCUAAGACCCGAUCUCGGGACAUGACAGGCCUGACAAUGCUGCGAGUUGGCGGUCUGAAAGAAAGCAAAGCAGCCACCAAUUCUGGAGGAGGUGUCAACGAUCUUCUUGGUUUCAUGGAGAGGAAGGCCGGAUCAUUUCGAACAGGUUCAAAGCGAAAGGUCGCAAUCAAAAAGCACCAUCCCGUUGGUGAUUACGUCUACGUAGGCGCGACUGAGGAGGAUGCCGAGGAGCUGAUUAAGCUCAACACUUUCGUAUUUGCUGGCGCACCUUUGGAGGUCAUCAAGGUAGAUGAGAUUCCGGAGAGAGGUGCGGCGGUAGAGUCCAAGGAGACCAAGGAACUUCGUGGCAGGCUUCAAGACAUUCUCAGUUCAAGAUAUAUCGGCGACAACAAACUCCUCAGGCUGGACACACUGGCUUCAGACGCAGAUCUCGUCGCUCUUGGCACGUUCGAGAACCGUGACCGAGCUCUCAAGACGUUCAAAGGACUUAUGGCUGUAUGCGAGGGUCUUUUUAAGUCGCCUAAGGAAAAGGAAGAUGCGGUCGAAAGCAUCAGCCUGGCAAGCAACAACAUCGAUGAUGUCGGACAGGUAGAGAUCAUCGCCACGACUUUUCCUAACCUCAAAAAUCUCGACAUGAGUGGCAACCAGGUGGCUUCCAUGCAGGCACUUCAGCCAUGGAAAGGAAAAUUCAAGUGCCUCGAGACAUUGUUCAUGACAGGCAACCCCAUCGAAACUGCUGACCCAAACUAUGCGGCAACUCUUCUGGAAUGGUUCCCCAAGCUGCAAAACAUCAACGGCAAUCAACUCCGCACACCUGAACAGAUUGCUGCGCAGGAGGCUGCCUUGUGGCCUACCCCUAUCCCCCAAAAUGGACCCGAUUUCCGAGACGUUGCCAAUGUUGGUGAAAACUUUCUCUUGGAAUUCUUUGCUUCUUACGACAGCGACCGACCCGGCCUUGCAUCUAGAUUGUACGAUGAGGAGAGUCGAUUCUCCAUUUCUGUCGACACCCGAGCUGCCCCGGAUCCUGCAGCGGCGCUUCCCAUCUCAUGGUCAUCCUACAUCAAGCUCUCCCGGAAUCUGACCAAAAUCACCAACCCCAACGCCCGUGUCCAGCGACUUUUCAGGGGCACCGCCAGCAUUCAGGACGCCUGGAAAACACUCCCUCUCACCCGUCACCCUAACAUCAAAGAGGAACUCAGCAAGUACAUCAUGGACUGCCAUCCCUUGCAGGGGCUGGUCGACCCAAGCGGUCAGAGCACCGGCGGUGUCGAUGGCUUAAUAAUCGCGGUUCAUGGUGAAUUUGAUGAACAAGACCCCAACACCAACGUCACAGGAAAACGCAGUUUCUCCCGAACAUUCGUCCUCGGACCCGGGAAACCGGGGCAAAUGAUCCGGGUUGUCAGCGACAUGCUCUCGCUACGAACCUACAGUCUGCUCCCGAAUGUGUUUGUAGCGCCUGCUCCAACACCCGCAGACCAACAUCAGGCGAUGAUCGCCGAGCUCUCUAAGCAAACAGGCAUGACAGCUCAGUAUUCUGAUAUGUGUCUGGCCCAAGUUAACUGGGAUUUCAACAACGCUUUGUUGAUGUUUAACGAGAAGAAGUCACAACUCCCACCUGAGGCUUUUGCUGCAGCAGGUGUGCUAUAG